CCCGCGCACAGCCCGGCCCGGCCCCGCCGCCAUGGAGCGCUGAGCGGCCGCGGCACCCGGCGCCGCGCACAAAGGACGGCAGGAGGAGGAGGAAGAGGAGGAGGAGGAGGAGGAGAACCGCGAUGCCAUGGCCCCGCCGCCCGCCGCUCCCGGGGCUCCCUCCGCCCUGUGAACCGGCUUCACGUCUGUUCCUAUUUUCCUCCUAUUUGGACCUUUAAUUUUUUUUUUUUUUUUUCCUAUUUGGACCUUUAAAUUUUCGAUUUCUUAUUUGGACCUUGAAUAUUUUUAUCUCCCAUUUGGACGCCUGAUAUAUAUAUUUUUUUUCCUCUAUUCGGACCGUAUUUUCUCCCGAUUCGGACCGCGUUUUUCCCUCUUUGGACCAUUUUUCCCCAUCCGGACCGUAUUUUUUUUUUUUUUUUUUUCCCCCGUAUUUGGACCUUAUUCUUUAUAAUUUUUCGGACCUUCCCGUGGUUUUUCCGCUCGCUCACCCCCCCCCUCCCCACACUGGCCGCGCACGGGGGGGGGCGGCCCGGGGGGGGCGGCCCGGAGCGCCCCGCACCGCAGCGACCGGAGCCGGCCCGGAUCGUUCUCUGACGUGCACGGUACGGCUGCGGCCGGCCAGGACUCCCAAGACCAUGCUGGCGUGCCUGCAGCGAACCCAGAACCCACCUGGGCAGCACCUGGCCUGUCCCAACCCCAACAAGGCACUGGAGCCACGCAAGUGCGAGACGGCAGCACCCAUGCAUUCCCCGCGCUACCCCAGCCCUGCCGAGCUGGACGCCUAUGCACAGAAAGUGGCCAACAGCCCGCUGACCAUCAAGAUCUUCCCCACCAACAUCAGGGUCCCACAGCACAAGCACCUUAACCGAACGGUCAAUGGGUACGACACCACGGGGCAGCGCUACAGCCCCUACCCCGUGCACGCCGGCGGCUACCAGGGCCUCCUGGCCAUCGUCAAAGCCUCCAGCAAAAGCGUGGUGAAGAACGCGGAGGGCAAGCGGACUAAGCUGUCGCCCGCUCAGGCCGGCGUCGCUCCCUACCCAUCCUCAAGCACUUUAGCCCCAGGCCCCUCCUGCGCCGGCCCGCUGAGCUACCACCAGAAGCAGCUGGAGGGCCCCGUGCCCCCCACUGUGGCGGUGGCGAGCUCUGCGCUGCCGCUGGCGGGCCGUGGCCUGGCGCUGCCGCCCUCCAACCUGCCCUCCAUCCAGAGCAUCAUCUACCAGCUCAACCAGCAGUGCCAGGCCCAGGCCUCGCAGCCUGCCUGCCCGGUGCUGCCGGCCGCCCACCCCAGCCCGGCCAAGCACGGCGCCUUCCCCGCCAUGGCCUCGGCCUACGCCGUGCUGCCCGAGUGCCGCAAGGGAGCCGAGCUGCCGCUGGGCUCCACCCCGGCACUGGGGCCGAAAGCGGGGCUCUACCCCGACGGCGUGGACUACCUGCUGUGGCAGCAGAAGCAGCAGCAGCACCUGCGGGUGUACAGCGGGGGCAGCGGGGCCCUCAGCAAGUCGCCCGAAGCCUGCGCGGCCGCCUCGCGACCCUACGGGCCGGCAGGGGAGAAAGUGAGCUCAUCCCCAUUGAACUGCAUGCACGGCAACUUCGCGGUGGGGCAGUACUUCGUGCCGCCGUGGAACAGCGUCCUGGUGACCCCCACCAGCGACUGUUACAACCCACCACCCGAGCUGGGCCCCGUACCACGCGAGCUCGGCGUGCCGCCAGCCGAGGGGCUGCCCAGCAAGGCGCUCUGCAACACCUCCAUCCUCAGCAGCAGCCUCCAGUCGCUGGAGUAUCUCAUCAACGACAUCCACCCGCCCUGCAUCAAGGAGCAGAUGUUGGGCAAGGGCUAUGAGACCGUGUCUGUGCCAAGGCUCUUGGACCACCAGCACGCCCACAUCCGCCUGCCCGUCUAUAGAUAAGGGACGGCUGCUGCUCUUCCCAAAGCCAGGAUGGCGGCCGGGCCCUCCGGCACCGUGAGGCCGUUGCGGGGUGAUGGGGUUGGUUGGGGUCAGUUGCCGACACGGGUCCCGCAGGUACUGGCAUGGAACCGGGCUCAUCGAACCGCGUGCGCCCGCUGGAAGCCAAGGAUGAAGGAAUGCUUGUCUUAUAUAGCUCAGAAAUCAUUUUAUUUCCACGAAUGUGAACAGGGAAUCGCUACGAGUUGCUGCUAUCCAGGGAGAGGAGCUCCGCUCUGCGCACGGCGCGGGCUGCAGGCAGGGUCCCGCCGCGCUCACCUUUAGCUGAAGUCCGUAACUUGCACUGCUUUGAUUAAAGCUCAUAACUGGGGACAGCCUGGACACUAUUUAAGAAGAACACUUGAAAACUUGAACAGAUUUUUCUUUUUUUGUUGUUUUAUUUUUUCAUUUUUUUCAGUUGCACACAGCGCGCAUCUUGGGUGCCGGCCAACGAGGGGGAUGAUGAGCCCACGGCACUGCGCCCAUGGUACAGAUUUCCAAGGUUUUGGGUUUUUUUUUUUUUCUUUUUUUUUUUCUUUUUUUUCCCCUUCCUUUUUUUUCCCCUUCUUUUUUCAACUGUCUGUUAUACCUUUGUUCCAUUCUAGAGGCAGACAGUAUGUAGGACGACGUUCAGUACUGCAUCCAGCCAUCGCACCACUGUGGGAUCAUGGCAUGCUUCUUCAUCUUUUCUUUCUUUUUUUUUUUAAGCAGUUCAAAAAUGCUCAUUUUGCUCCGUUAUUCACUCUGUGUAAUUAUGUGCUUAAUAGGUUUAUUCAUUUAAAAAAAGCAUCACAAAAUGUUUUUUGAUGAGUCAAGGAAACAGGAACACUACCCCGAGGAAACCCAAGGUGAUUGUGCUCAGAAAAGAGGUACUGUAUCCCUGAAAGGCCUGUUCAAGCACUAAGUGCAUUUACAAAUCUCUGAGAAUGUUUUUUUUUAUACUAAAAUCGACCAUUAUAUUCUACUGUGAGAAGUGCUGUCUGCACUUAUAUUGUUUUAAAAAUGAGAGAAAACAAA